AUGGCGGCAGAUCCACUGACUGCAGCAACCGUUAAUGGCCUGCUCAACAUCGAAGACUCUGACCAUGACGAUCCCUUCAACGACCGCCCAUCAACGAGUCCGCGCUACAAACGAAAAGCAGUAGACGAGCUGGACGCCAGUCUGGGUCUGGACGAGGAGGUCAAAGUCACAAAGAAGAGGAAACCAAUCUCAAAACUUGACGAAGCAAGACUCCUCUCGGCACCAGGAAUCCCCAAGCUACGCGCCGAUGCACGCUCUGGGAAGUUUUCCAAAAAGCUACGUCUCAAGGGAAAAGGCCAUGAGUUUUCCGACGUCGCACGGCUGUUGAACUACUAUCAGUUAUGGCUGGACAAUCUCUACCCACGGGCCAAGUUCGCUGAUGGACUACAAUUGAUCGAGAAGGUCGGGCACAGCCGACGCAUGCAAGUCAUGAGGAAAGAGUGGAUUGAUGAAGGGAAGCCGGGAUAUAUCAGAGAUAGAGAGGCGAAGAAGAUGUUAGAAAAGGAAAAAGAAAUGGCAGACAAGGAGACGGAUGAUCUGUUUGCUGGGGAUCAUCCGGUAGCAGAGAGCGUGGAGCAGGAGGCUGUGAAUGCUGUCGGCGGCGCAGAGGAUGACUCUUUAUUCGUUCCGGACGCACGCAACAAAGCAAAUGAUGGUAAUGACGAUGGUAUGCUGCCGGACGACGACGAUCUCGAUGCACUACUAGCCGAGCAGGAGACACGCAUCACCACGCGUCCGUUGUCUAUGUCGAAACCAACAGAGGACAAUGAUUCCGAGGGCGAUGAUGAUCUUGACGCGUUAUUGGCCGAGCAGGAAAUGAGUCGUGAACCUCCACCGCUGCCUCCUACAUCUCAGCACACGUCUACAUUUGCGCCCAAGCUCAAUCCUUCGCCCUUUGGCGGAGGCGACAGUGACGAUGACGAUGAUGGAAUGGACGAUCUAGAUGCCCUGCUUGCAGAGCAGGAAGCGCGCAUGCAACCCAGCACUGCUCAAUCGAAGCCUAGCAGCAGACAGGCAUCUAUCACUCAGAACAAAGAGCGCACCGCCCCAGCAGCGGACCAGGAAAUAACCCAGGAUGACGAGUUGGACGCGUUGAUCGCCGAGCAGGAAGCACGCCAACAUGUCAUCAGCGAAGCACCACUAUCUUCACCGUCCGCAGCCAGGCCAGCAACUUUCCGUCCUGCGCCAUCUGUCGCUGAUGAAGCCGACGACGCCGACGGUGCAGACAUGUUCUCCUCAUCGCCCCUACGAGGCACAGCGCCAAUCGGGUUGGGACUUUCUGGACAGCUUGAGCUUGGCCUGGACCCCAACCCCGACACGGCUGGACCGAGAUCAUCAAGCCUCACUGCUCCUGCCGCCCGAACGCAAGAGUCUGAGGCAUCCGAAAGCGAAGACGCGGAAACAUCCAAGGCUGGCGACAGCAUCGAAGCAGAAGCACCUGCAGUGGAGGAGAAGGAAGAGUCCCAGGGUCUGGACGCCGACGAUAUGUUUUCAUCUUCGCCCGUUCAGAAUGACUGA